GCCAAUAAAAAUCCACCAAAAAAAUUCAUACUCUAGUUCCAUAGUUUCUUUUAAACGAUGAGGGAGAACUCAAAAGAAUUCCCGAACCAAUCGAGUGCAUGGUUCACCUUUCAUCGUGACUCAACCAAGAUAUCCCGAAACGAGUACAUGGGUCUCCUUUGAGCAUGACCCACCCCGAUAAACCAACCCCAUCAAAUCACCAACUAGAAUAUGAACAAUUACCUUACGUGUGUGCACCUACCCAUAUAUAAAAGGAAUUUCAAGUCCUUCGAGUAGUAAGAAGUCCAAAAUCUACUCAUGUAAAGGAAAAUUUUCAUAAAUUAUAUAUGCCCGAAAUCCCAUUCAACACUAGCACAUGUCCCUCCUUCUUGUGGGCGAAACUCCCCACCUCCGGAUAUCAUCGAAAUCUGUCACGACAAGGCUUAGGAAAUGGAUUCUCAGCCAUCUGUAUAUAGCAGAAGCGAUUUUUGCAACCCUUGUGCGACGAAGACCCCUCCUUGAACAACCUCCACUCUGGUACAUGCUGCAAAUUGGCAAAGUCGUCGCUAUUUGCAUGCCCUCCCCGGCAAAGAUUUACACACAAGAAAAAGAGGUCGAGGAAAGGCUCCACCCUCAUCGCCUUACACACCCACAGGAGCCCAGAGAUAUACGAAUGGCUAUUGAGGGUCAUUUGACACAUGUACUCCAGCAAGAACGGAUGUAGUGGGAGCCGAAUCCCCAUUGUGACUGAAAGCACAUGAACUACAAAACUCCCCUCGAGGGGGUGCCAAUAAUGUGUCCCUCAGUCCUGGUUCCACCAUUAACACUGAGAGCUCGACAUAAACUGCAUUGUACGAAGAUCAGCAUCAUCCACCCUCAUCCUUAACGCCAUAGUCAUCGUGUUGAAAAAUGAAUGCCCUUCGGAAUGUCGAGGGGUUGCCUUUGUUUCUCCUCGGUCCUUUUCCCCUUCCCCCCUCACCGCUUGUAGAGGCUUCGGGCAGGGUAGUUGUGAAGAAGGACCAACUCCGUUGUUACCUCUCGAUGACACCGUAGUCUGGAAACGAAGGCGUUCCCUCUCAGGCUCUUCUUCCUCUACUUGGACGAUCUCAGCUAAAUCAUUGUACGUCUUCCAACUUUUAUACGAAGCCCUCAACGUCAAAUUCCACACAGAUGUGACCAUCCAGCUCCCUGGCAACCUCAGAAUUACUCCACAAAGAGGGAUGCAGACUGGGGUGACGUCUCCUCCAGCCAGCUCUUGGGCUGUACCGACGCCGACGGCGAUAUGUUCUACGAAUCACCUUCGGACGACAUCAUUUCAGACACUAACGACAGAAGAACUACAGUCGAACCUACAUGCGAGGAGUACCAACACCAUACCUAAGGUCUAGCAAGCAAAGUAUAAGGCAAACGACAAGAACAAGUGAAGAGCUGACCUUGAAAAUAGUUUUGAUUGGUGGGGGGUUUAUCACUCUAAAAUCGGACAGAGCUUUGCUUCAAAUUCUCAAAACGCGCAUGGGGUAAUGACUCCAGCCAUCAGAUAUUAAUAGCCAACCUAACCGCGGUUACCUCGAAACCAUACCCUCUAGCUAAAAA